GAUAGUUACAUAAACAUAAAUCUUGGCAAUGGGUCGCAGACGACGAGACACAAGAAACUUGCUGCCCCUGCACAUUUUCACACAUAGCCGGAUUUUUGUUUUUCCCCUCUGAACUUUUUAUUGGGUGCCCUACGCGACUACGACUCGAGAUUCGGAGCUCAUUGAGACUUGGUUAAAGCGCAGCCAGCUCAUUUGUAGAUUCGAAUGUCAGCGGUGAACAAGUGCGGAACUCACCGAGCGGAUAACCACCUAAGUUCCCUCCAAAAAUCGUGCUUUUCCUUGGAUUAAAAACAUCAGGAUCAGGAUCCGUUGCUAUGGACUUUGACGAGUUUCGCGAAUUCGGCCAUGCCUCUAUAGAGUUCCUCAUCAACUAUCUGAGUGGCAUACGUGAGAGAGAUGUCCUGCCCAGUACGACUCCCUAUGCGGUGAUCAAUCAACUGCCCAAGGAGAUCCCCGAGCAGCCGGAGCACUGGAGGGAAGUCCUAAAGGAUCUAGAGAACAUUAUCCUGCCGGGACUGACCCACUGGCAAUCGCCGUAUUUCAAUGCCUUCUAUCCUUCCUCAUCGUCGGCGGGCUCCAUCAUUGGCGAACUGUUGAUCGCGGGUAUCGGGGUCCUCGGAUUCAGUUGGAUCUGCAGUCCCGCCUGCACGGAACUGGAAGUGGUGGUAAUGGACUGGCUGGCCAAGUUCCUGAAGCUGCCCGCCCACUUCCAGCACGCCAGCGAGGGACCCGGAGGCGGUGUGAUCCAGGGGUCGGCCAGCGAGGCGGUCCUGGUGGCUGUCCUGGCUGCCCGGGAGCAGGCUGUGGUCAGCUACAGGGAAUCGCAUCCGGAAGUGAGCGAAAGCGAGGUGCGCGGUCGCCUGGUGGCCUACUCCUCGGAUCAGAGUAACAGCUGCAUUGAGAAGGCCGGCGUUCUGGCGGCCAUGCCCAUUAGGCUGCUCCCAGCUGGAGAGGAUUUCGUACUCAGGGGAGAGACUCUGAAGCAGGCCAUCCAGGAGGAUGUGGCGGCCGGAAAGAUUCCGGUGAUCUGCGUGGCCACCCUGGGCACCACGGGCACUUGUGCCUACGACGAUAUCGAGACCUUGUCCGCCGUCUGCGAGGAGUUCAAGGUGUGGCUCCAUGUGGACGCCGCCUACGCCGGCGGAGCCUUUGCCCUGGACGAAUGCUCGGAUCUGCGAAAGGGCUUGGAUCGAGUGGACUCGCUGAACUUCAACCUGCACAAGUUCAUGCUGGUCAACUUCGACUGCUCGGCCAUGUGGCUGCGGGAUGCCAACAAGGUGGUCGAUAGCUUUAACGUGGAUCGCAUCUAUCUGAAGCACAAGCACGAGGGUCAGUCGCAAAUCCCCGAUUUCCGUCACUGGCAAAUUCCCCUGGGUCGUCGCUUCCGAGCUCUAAAAGUUUGGAUCACCUUCCGAACGCUGGGAGCCGAGGGCUUGAGGAAUCAUGUGCGCAAACACAUCGAGUUGGCCAAGCAAUUUGAGCAACUGGUGAUCAAGGACUCCCGCUUCGAACUGGUGGCUCCGCGAGCUCUGGGACUGGUCUGCUUCCGUCCAAAAGGCGAUAAUGAGAUUACGACCCAGCUCUUGCAGCGUCUCAUGGAUCGCAAGAAGAUCUACAUGGUUAAAGCCGAGCAUGCGGGUCGUCAGUUCCUCAGAUUUGUUGUUUGCGGCAUGGAUGCCAAAGCCUCUGAUAUUGAUUUCGCAUGGGAGGAGAUCGAGUCCCAACUGACAGAUCUGCAGAAGGAGCAGUCUCUGACAACUCGCAAGGCGGGAAAUGUUGGCGAACUCACUCAGCACUUCCAGAUCCAUCUGACCAACAAUAACGCAACGCUCGAGAAGUCUCAGUGAGAAAAACAACUUAACUAUUUAUGUUUAGGUUUUUCUUAGUUCACAUUGUAGAAAUUAGUUUACCACAUGUUUAUAAAUAAAGUGAAAAGAAAUA